UUUGACAUUUAAAACGUCAUGUGUCAAACGUAAAGUCAUAGCAAAACCUUUUCCAUAUUAUUUCACCUCGUUCAGUGUUCGAAUGUGAUAAAAUUCAUCGUUGCUUAGUGUUUUUCCUUAAUGGAAAAUCAAAAUAAUCCAUCCCCGUUAAUUAGAAGCCAAUCCUCGGAUACUUUUGAUCACGUUGCAACGCGAUUUCAAAGGGUUUUACCCAAUUAUUUUAACGUAACUCAUCUAAUAGGAACAAAUACUUUAUCAGAACCGAAUAUUUCGCAUAUUAAUGGACCUACAAUGAGCCAGAGUUUUGUGAUAAACGUUGAAGAUGAUGAUAAUUUGGGAACAUCACCGGUUGACGCUGCAGCAACGACAAAUAAUAUUAAUCCAGAACCAGAAGAAGUGAAUAAUGUGGAAGCGGUGGAUCAUGUUUCUGCAACCGAAAGACUGCAAAAUAUGUUAGAAGCUAGACAAUGUACAAAAAUCUUACAAAAGUAUAUUCCUUUUGUAUUAAUUUUAUUUGCAAAAGGUUUAUAUGAUCAUCAUGAAGGAAUUUUAAAUGUUAUUGUACUUUUAACUACAUUUACUCAUGCCAACUCUGUUGUUAAAAAAGAAGCUACAAAAAAAACUCGAAAGAAUUAUUCAAAGCUACUUUUAGCUUUAUUAUAUAUUGUUUGUGCUAUCGUUUUUAUAUAUUAUCAGUUCGGUUGCUCAAAAUUAUAUCUUAAUCUUAUUUUUAUAAGAACUUAUGAAAGUUCAUUAAAAGUUUGGGAUUUAUUAUGGAUUGUUGGUGUUACCGAUUUCAUUUUAAAACUAAUCACAGUUGUUGUUAAGAUUUUUGUUACAUUAAUGCCACAUAAAAUCAUUGCAUUUCAAAAAAGGGGUAAAACAUAUUUAUUCAUAGAAGCAAUUUCACAACUUUAUAGAAGCUUAGCCCCAAUCCAACCAUGGUUAUUUUAUAUUCUCGAGUCUUAUGAAGGCCCAGAGAAAAUCGUUGGUGUGUUCUUAGCUGCAGCUUAUAUGGUGUCAAAAGGACGUGAUUUAAUGUCUAAAUUAAAACUUUUUAAAAAUGCAGUUUUAAAGUUACUUCAAAACACUAUCGGUUCUUCACCAAGUAAAGAACAAAUUCAAACAGCAGGAGAUCAUUGUCCAAUUUGUCAUGACGAAUAUGAUUCACCUAUUUUAUUACAUUGUAGACACAUUUUCUGUGAAAGUUGUGUUUUGACUUGGUUUGAUCGCGAACAAACUUGUCCACUUUGUCGGGCUAAAGUUGUUGAUGAUCCAUCUUGGAGAGAUGGAUCAACAACGUUUUUCAUACAAUUAUUUUAAGUUUUCUGCUGUCUAUAUUUUUAGUUUUAAGGGUGUAAUUAUAAAUAAUAAAAUUAAGAUUUAAAUAUGGUUAUAUUUUACUCCAUCUAUUGAGUUUUGUUAUAACUAUAUAUA